GUUUUAUGCAACUCGGCCACUGUUUCCAGUUGGGACCGUCCAUACAUUACAACUCUUAUAUGGAUAAUAAAUCCAAUUGAGCUUUGAUUUUGCAUGCUGUGAAUAGCUGCUUUUGCUUUACUUUAAUAUAUUAAGUUUAUUAUUUCGCGUACUUUAUACUAAAGGGUAUGGCGCGCUUCUCAAGCAUGGACGACAGGUGCGCGGUUUUAAAUCUGUCGCGUCUCCAACUUGACGACACGAACUUGGAUCAUAUCGUGGACAGUAAACGCAAACAAAUUCAAGAGCUGCAUCUCUCUUACAAUCGUUUAUCUCUUCUUCCACCUUCUGUCUGUCUUCUUUCCAACCUGGAAUAUCUGGAUAUCAGCAACAAUGCGAUCACAUCAAUACCAGAAGACUUCAUCCGAUUAACAAAUUUAAAGACGCUCGUGGCGAAAAACAACCUUCUGGACGAAUCGUCGUUUCCCAAGGGGUUUGAAUGCGUGCAAGUGGAAACGCUAAAUCUUAGCGGGAACAGAUUUGGGGACAUACCCAUGCAGUUUCUCAAACUCACCUGCUUACAUUCACUCUCACUUGGAGGCAACAGACUGAAGAGCAUUCCUUCAGAAAUAGAGAACCUGACCAGUUUGGAGAUGCUGUAUUUGGGUGGAAACCUGAUCUCCUCGAUCCCACCUGAGGUGGCUAACCUCACCUGUCUGAAAUACCUGGUUCUGUGUGAUAAUCGCAUCCAAAACAUCCCGCCCCAGCUCAGCAGAUUGCACUCCCUGCUCUCCCUCAGUCUUCAUAACAACCUGCUGACCUUCCUUCCUCGCGAGAUCCUCAGCCUCGUUCAUUUGCAGGAGCUCAGUCUCCGUGGCAACCCGCUGGUUGUGCGUUUCAUCAAGGAUAUGACCUACGACCCCCCGUCCCUGAUGGAGCUGGCCGGUCGAACCAUCAAAUCCCAGAACCUUCCAUACCUUCCAUGUGACCUACCAGACAAUGUUUUCCAUUAUUUAAACUUGGCGAGCGAGUGUCCGAACCCGAAGUGUGCAGGUGUUUACUUUGACUCGUGCGUAAGGCACAUCAAGUUCGUGGAUUUCUGCGGGAAGUAUCGCCUGCCGCUCAUGCAUUACCUCUGUUCUCCGCAGUGUUCCUCUCCUUGCAGCUCGAACCCACAAAGUGAAGCGGAGUCGGAGGAUGAAAACAGCGUACCCCAAGACAGACUGCAGAGAGUGCUGCUGGGAUAGGGCGAACCUCCACAAACACUUACCUCUCAUAUAAUUUCACUUUAAGGAAUAUUUUUGUAUGAAACUUAAAAGCAGGGCCGUUGCUUGAAUUCAAGUGCCCUAGGCUAAAAAUGGGGUGUGGGGCAUGGCCCCUAUCCACCCAACAGUGACAGUAUGCCAAAGAAAAUCUUUUCACACAGGGCCUGGGACAACAUUGUUGUUUACCUUGCUUAAAAGUUGUAGAUUUUGGAAGUGUGUUAGUGAAUUAACCGAAAAAAGCACCGGUUGUUAGAUGUAAACUGUGUAAGUCUAGUUUUAGUUUUUUUACGUUUAUAUUUACCUUGUGGAGUUUAGAGACUCUCCCUAUUUUCUUGCAAAAAAGCCUUGGGAUAAUAAACUACUGUUGCAUUGCUUUUUAAACAGUAUUAAGGAAUCUGCUACAGAAAAAUUAUGAGGUACAGACUUGCUAUUCUGCAAAAUGUGAUCAAUACGUGGACAGUUACUCUUUAACCUUUUCUUUACUGACUGUCAGUCUGCCCUAACUCGUCUGUCCAAAGUUCACGUUAUAGACUAUGAUGGCGACUGAACCUAGUCCUAUUUAUGUUAAGAUAUCAUCCUUGGAAAUAUUUAUGUCAGAAUGAUCUGCGAUAUGUUCCAUACACUGACUUAUUGCUAAACCUGUAUUAAAAAGCUAUUGUCUCUAAUGAUCUGGUGAAUGAUCUUAAUAGUAAUAAAACAAGGAUAGUGCACUUCACAAAGAUAA